AUGAAUGUCGAAAAUGAUGAAUAUGGUGGUGUUAAAGUUGAUUGCUUUUAUGCCUUUAAUACUUUUGAGUUGUUUGGUAGCCGUGAUGAAGUUUUACAAUGGACCCGAUCGUUGGCUCAUGACAUUGGAUUUGUUGCCGUUAUAAUGAGGUCAGACACCAAUACCGGUGUUCGAGGAAGAGCUUCAUUUUUGUUGAUAGCUUGUGAAAGGAGUGGGGAGUACAGGCCAAAGAAACAUAAUUUGGUAAGAACAUGCACUAGCAGUAGAAAAUGUGGAUGCAUGUUUAAGUUGCGUGCGAAGCCAGAUUCAGGAGGAGAGGGCUGGAUGGUGAAGUUAAUUUUUGAGAUUCACAAUCAUGAAAUGACAAAGUCAUUUGUUGGGCAUCCAUAUGCAGGUCAACUUACAAAGGAUGAGAAAAAUAUUGUCACUGAUAUGAUGAAGUCUAUGGUACAGCCAAGAAAUAUUUUGUUGACAUUGAAGGAGCACAAUGACAACAAUUAUACAACUAUCAAACAAAUUUAUAAUGCGAGACAUGCUUACCGUUCUUCCAUAAGAGGCAGUAACACCGAAAUGCAACAGUUGAUGAUGCUGCUUGAUCGAGAUCAUACCUACAAAACAAAUAGUUACAAAUUGUCAUUGCUUGAUAUUGUUGGUGUUACACCAACAGGAAUGACAUUCUCCGUUGGCUUUGCUUACUUGGAAGGUGAACGGAUUAUUAAUGUUGAUUGGGCUCUAGAGCGAUUUCGGGAUCUUUUCAUGAGAGAUGAUGCACUCCUCGAGGUUAAUGUCACUGACAGGGAUUUGUCUUUGAUAAAUGCUGUUAAAACUGUAUUCCUGGAUUGUACGAACUUGCUCUGUCGGUUCCACAUUGACAAAAAUGUGAAGGCAAAGUGCAAAACCCUAGUUGCUCAAAAGAAUGUAUGGGAUUAUGUGAUGGAGGCUUGGGGGACUUUGGUUGACUGUCCCAAUGAGAGUUCUUUUGAUGAGUACCUUAAAAACUUUGAAAUGGCUUGCUCUCCGUGGCCUAUGUUUGUGGACUAUGUCCGUCAAACAUGGAUGGUUCCACACAAAGAAAGAUUUGUGAAAGCAUGGGCAAACAAAGUGAUGCAUCUCGAAAACACAAGGACUAAUAGGUACGAAUAUUGA